AUCAGGAUUUUCAUAAUUAUUUGAAAUUGUGAUGCAAUAACAUGUCCAUCUUUUUUAAACGCAUAACAUGAGAUUAUUAAGCUUAAUUAUUGCCAGUUUCUUAGUAACCUUUGCCUCUGCUUUAAAGUUGCAGGGUAAAAUUAUACCUAAUUCCAUUAUUUCCGAUGUAUCAAAGAUCGAUUCUUCUACAACCAGAGUAGUGCUUAAUGGAAACCAACAUACGGCCCACAUCAAAGUUAAUGGUGAAUUCACUUUUCCCGAUGUUAAAGAAGGCUCUUAUUUAUUAGAGGUUCAAAGCAUCGAACACAUUUUUCCCAAGUUACGUGUAGACAUUAACAAUGAAGACAAGGUCAGAGCUUCUUAUACUGCUUUCGGUGUUGAUUGGAAUCAAAGAGGUGUGUCAGUUGAAUACCCGCUGGAGAUACAAGCAAAGCAGGAAUCAGAGUAUUUUAUGGAACGUCAAGGUUUUAACGUCAUGGGAAUGUUCAAAAACCCCAUGUUCUUAAUGCUCGGUGUUAGUGCUGUCAUGAUGUUCUUUAUGCCAAAGUUGAUGAAGACCAUUAAAGACAUGGAUCCAGAAGCUAUGGAGGAAAUGAGCCAGACACAAACAGACGCACAAAAGAUGUUGAAUGAUAUGCCUGGUUUAUCACAAAUGUUUGCCAAGAAAUAAAAAACUCGAUAGAACAUUAUACUCGAUACAUGUAUAAAGAGACGUUAAUUGUAUUAGAAGCUACAAAAAAAAAAAGAAGAGCAUAAGAUAGGUAGGACUCGUUUGUGUGAAUUGGUUCAUUGCCGAUUAAUCUAUCUUCGGCCGAGAUUGGCAAUAGGCU